AGACGCGCUGUUACCAUGGAAGCGUGGAUAGCUUCUAGUUCCGGGGUUGGCAGUAUCGACACAAAUGUUUACAAAGUAGCUUCUACCAUGCAGGUUUUGUCACAGUGAAUUGAUGAUGAACUAUCAUAUGAGUACAUAAUGUAAGCUAUAUAUAAUGUAUAUAUAAUGUAGCUAUAUAGAUUACUAGCUAGUUGUCCGCGUGUUCUCCAUUUAGACCCGCAGCGGUUUGGCGCUGGUAAUGCGCGCGAGUUUUCAAAGUGGGCGAGUCUUUAAAGAGGACAUCCGACCAGCUAGCCGGAGUUUGCUAGCUUUGUAAAGCUAAUUUUACUCACAACGGUUAACGGCGCUCGGCCAACAAUACAUGUUAACUGGUACUUAACUUGUUAUCGGCUCAUGGAUAUUUGAUCAAAUGUAUUCGCGGAGGUUUUUUAAAGCCCGACCGGGCUGGUUUUAAGUUGCUGAUACAUGGCUCUCGUUACCGCUAAGCUAGCUACGGUCGCUUUGCAAUGUAAACAAUAGGUAACGUGGCUAGCGGUUAGUUAGCUUCUAACGUCUCUUAAAUAAAGGAAUACGUGUCUGUCCCAUCAAUGCCUACAGAGCACCCUCCACCAACAGGCUCUGUCUGCACCAUGUCUAUUGAUUUUGACAGUGCUGCUCUUCAGACCCAGCACGAUGAAGAAGAAUACGACCAGGAGGACUAUGCGAGAGAGCAAGAGCUGCAUAAAUUGCUCACCGACCUGCCGGAUGACAUGCUGGAGGACAGCAUAGACUCCUCCCCAGAACUGGAAUACUCUACCUGCAGCAAUAAAAACACUGGCAGCAGCCCACAGUCUGCAUGGACUCCGCAAUGGUCAGAUCAUCCGAGGCCACCUUCUCAUGAACAGGACUGUGAAGUUGAUGAAGAGUAUGCUUAUGAGGAUGGAGCUGUUCAGAACAAUGGACAUCACCCUCUACCCAACACCUGGAACCAGGAUCAUCAGUACACCCAGGGAGAUUAUACAUACACCAGCAUGGGCUCCGAAAAACCUACAGAGACCAAGGAUUGCUCCACAGACGAGUAUGAGUCUAAACCGUAUCCUCAAGGCUCUAAUAACGCUGUCAUGUAUAAUGGAGAAGGAGGACGCAGAGACAUCCAAAACUAUGGGGAUCACAACAACGGCAGAAACCAAUUUCAACCCGGAGUGUUGGACAGAGUGGAUCAGCACCAUGCCACCUACAAUCCUCACCACCCUGCCCAUCAGCCAGCCAUGUUUAACUCACAGGCCGUUCAACAAGAAGGUCAAUUUGACCAUCUGCAAAGAGAAUUCCUUGACUCGACACAACAAACUGCUGAUAGAGAGCUGCUUGCCCAGCUGCAGAUUUUACACACGGCUCAGCAGAGGCAAAUUGAAGACUUGGAGCGAAAACUGGAGGAUUCAAGGCGCAAUAUGAGAUAUAUCGAGCAUCAGUUUGCAAUUGCCAAAGACGAAAAGGAUGGCCUAGCAGUAAGCCUAAAGGAAUCCAGUCAACUGGUUGAAGAGGCCAAGGACAGAGAGGUUCAAAUGCAAAACAAAGUGAAGGCAAUGGAGCAGCAAGUUCAGGUCCUGACUGAGAGAGACCAGGAGAACUCGAAAAAGCAGAGGGUGGCAGAAGCUGCAGUGGACAGCAUGAAGCAGCAGAUGUUGGAACUUUGUCGCUCUGACACGCUGUCCAGGACGCGGCAGCAGCAUGACCGAGACCUUGCUGUCAUAAAGGAGCAGCAUGAGAAUGCACUGUUGACGCUCCAGCAGGAGCUGGACUCGACCUCUCAGACUCUGAACGAAAAGAUUGAUGUUGGUCAGAGGCUGCGAGAGCAGGUGAAGAAACUGGAGCGCCAAAGAGAAGAAGAGCAACUAGAGCGAGCCAGAGUCGUCAACACCCUCACUCAGCGUCUGGAGGAGAGUCAACAACAAUGUGCCCAGCUGCUGCAGACCGGAUCAGUGCAGGAGAUGAGUCAGAUCCAAAUCAAACUACAAAAGGCUCAAUCAGCCAAAGCGCUGAGUGAAAACAUGAACACGGUCUUGCAGGAGGAUCUGUCUGAGUUGAAAGAGCAGAUCACUCUGUAUGAAUCUGCUGUGAAACACGGUGUUAUUGCAUUAGACCUGAACAGUGAAUGGGAGAACCACCUGUCCGACUCCUGUGUGGAUUUAGGAUUAAAGAAAACAAACAGGAAAAAUGGCUUUCUUCACAGUACUGCCCUGGCUCACCUGUCGGACUCCAAGCUGCCCAGAGAUGAAGCUUUGCGGCUGCUGCGAUUGGAGAUGCAGCGCUGCCUGGGAAGUCUGAAGGGGAAGCGGCAGAAGAUCAGCCAGCUGCAGGAGGAGCUCCUGCUCUGUCAGGGUCGACUGACCGCGCUGCAGACCCAGUUAGAUGAAGCCAAGCUCUGCUCUUCGGUCAGAGAGACCAGUCGGAUGAAACAUGGAGACGUAACCGGAGAGUCUCAGAAAGAGUUUGCGAGACUACAGGAAGACAAACAACACUUGCAGGAUCAAGUGGAGGUGUUAGAAGAGAAGAAUAUGGAGCUGAAACAGAGUGAGGAAAAGUUGAGGUCUGCCAAUUUGGAGCUUUGCACUAAGAUGAGGGAGAUGAUCCAGGAACUCGACCAAGAGAAGCAGGAGGCUGCUCAGAGAGCUGAGCGGAUUAAUCAGCAGUACAGGGAUGACGUGGUGGAUCGGGUCAGAACAGAGCUCAUGCUGGAACACGAUGCUCAGGUUGAACAGCUGACUGCACACCACCAGCAGCAGGUCCAACAGUUCCAGACCAAGCUGUCUGAGGCCAAUGAUAAGAUGUUGGCUGUGCAAGAGUGUUACAUAUCUGUCUGUAAGGAGAAGGACACGAUUGACAAGGAAGAGGCUGUGAUCAGAGUAAAUGAGCAAAAGAUGAGAGAAGAGAGUGGCACAGCUGUGGAGAAGCUGAGGGCUGAGCUUGAGGCUCAGCAUCAGGCCUCAAUAAACCAGCUCAGAGCUCUGUGGUCCAAAGAAAAGGGGACUGAGAUCCAGCAGCAGGUGAAUUCUCAUGUAGCCUUGGCCAAGGCUGCUUGGAAGGAGGAACUACAAAAGAUGGAGAAGACCUGGGUCCAGAGGCUGGAGGAGGCCGGGAGAGAGAACCGCAAAGAGACCGCUGAGGCAACCUGUCAGGCAGAUGCGAUUGACGCAAGCAGUAUGACAAUUACUGUUGAGGAGCUCGACUCCAGGCUCAGUGCCCAGAAGCAGCAGCUGCAACUGGACUCUGACAAAGUAAAAUGCAAAGCUGUGGAGGAAGCCAGGAAACAAACCCAGAGAGAGCAACACGAGAAACACCUGGAGAACAUGGCCAAACAGGUCGAAGGUGCAGUAACCCGGGCCUACAAUCGCUGGAUUGAGGAUUUGACUUUAUUACCAGAAUACCAAGCCUCGCUUCAAACAGAGAGGGAGAAAUGGGAGGAACUACAAGAAAAAUGCACAGAACAACAGGUAUCCCAGGCCCUGAAGGUGGCAGAGGAGCAGUGGUAUAAUAAGCACAAGAACCAGCUGGAGGAGCAGAGCUCUGGAACGCAGAGGGUGAAGGAUCUCCAAGAGGAGGUGGCAUCCCUCCACAGUCAGCUGGAGCAGGAGAGGAGAGAGCAAGCUGCUCUGCUGAAGGCCGAGCUGGCCGGAGCUAGAGCAGCCUGGAACCGAGACAAUAAGGAGAUCUCCGUCAUCCAGGUCCGCAGUGAGCAGGUUUACCAAAGCAAGUUGCAAGAGCAGCGCAAAAAGCUGGAGCUGGCUUUGCAGCAGGUCAGAGAGGAUGCCGAUCUCCAUAAGAAGGAGCUGCUCCUGCAGCUGGAAGCCAAGCUCCAACAGGCUCUGAGGGCCCGAGAGGAGGAGUGGAGAUGUCAGCAUGCAGAGAAGGAGCAGGCGCAGAGAAAGCAGAUGAGAGAUGAAUUACUAGCAGAGCUUCAGACUGGAUUGGCAGAGGUCCAAGCACAACUUCUCAGGGAUCCCAAAACAGAUCAGCAGGGCACUGAAGACACCAAGAGGACCAGCGGGGCCACAUCAGAGGGCACAAUAACGCACAUCAUCAAAGCAAUCUGCACAGAUCUAGUCAACAGAGCCGUGUCUCAAGCCAAGAAGGAGUGGAAGAAAGUAGACGAGGAGAAACUGAGCCGUGUGUUAAAAGAAACGCAGGAGCAGCACGAGAGAGAAAUGGACAAAAUGCAAAGUUCUUUGUCCCAGAAGACGGAGGCUCGCUGCAGGAAGGAGUGCACUGAGACUUUAGGUAAGCUGCAGAAGAAGAACCAGGAGCUCCAGAGGCACUUAGAGAAAGCCUGUCGUCAACUCCAGCACAGCGUUCGUGGGCACAAAACUGCCAUGCAGCAUCUGAAAGAUGAGCAUGAAAACAGCUUGCGAAAGGCAAAGGAGGGACAUCUGCAGCAGCUUGAGGAGGUGAAGAGCGCCAAAGAAUCCUCACGGAGUUCUGAUCACAACCCAAAUGUUCAGCAAGGCCUCGAGGAGAUGAAGCAGCAAUACCUGAUGACUGUAGAAAAGAUCAGAGGAGACAUGCUGCGUUACCUCCAGGAGAGUCGGGAGCGAGCAGCCGAGAUGAUCCGCAUGGAGGUGCAGCGGGAGAGGCAGGACACCACCAGAAAGAUGCGGCGCUAUUAUCUGACCUGUCUGCAGGAGUUACUGGAGGACGGAGGAAAAACGAUAGGGGCUGAAAAGAAAAUAAUGAAUGCUGCAAGCAAGCUGGCAGCCAUGGCUAAAGUCCUGGAGACUCCCUCAAAAAGUAAACCUGGAAGAAAUUCCAGUUUACAAACCGACUGCCUUCCAGGUAGAAGCGAAGGUUUUAGUAAGAACCUGCCGACUCUUACCGAGCUCCCUGACAUCCGACCAGAGGAGAGAUCCCAAAGGGAAACGACUUCAGCUGAUUCAGCGCAGAAACUUACAGCUGCAGCGAGAACUAAACCUUUGAGUCACCAAGACAUCUCUCCAUCUGGGAAGGAGGAGGCCUCAGUAGAUGUGAGGAGUAAAAGCAGGGAGCUGUACGUGGUGCAGGGAGUUCACUCCAGCAGAGCAGACAACCGUCUUGACUCAGAGCGACAGAGGAAAGCAUUCCUCACCAAGGAGGCUCCGGUCAGGGAGGAGAAGCACCCUGACUGGAGCAUGACCAGCAGUGACUCGGACACAGGCUUCCGGGUUUCCUCACACUCCUACUCGGGGAGGAAAGUAGAACCGGUGAAGCCCUUUUCGGUCUCUGCCGCGUCGGCAAGUGACUUCGGCGACCUCUCCCCAAAUGUUUCCGACCUGACCGUCUAUAACGAAAUUGCCAAAAAGAACUUGAACUUUCUGCCUGCAAAGAUAAGCACACACAGAGAGCCCACCCCCGGCUCUGAGGUGGAGACGCAGCGUGGAGUUUGUUCCAGGCCUUUGUUCUCCGAGUUGAGACAACGGCAGCAGGACAGCGGCUUCGACAGUCCGUUCAACCAACAACAGUGACGGUAUGAAGUGGAGUAGUGCCUCUAAUGCAGUGGACCACGUUUACAAGAUGUGGAACCUUUGCCUGCAGUGUGUUGAUGCGUGUUGCAUUGUUAAAGAAAUAGUCUAACGUAUUAGCAAAUGCACUCAUUGACUUCAUUGACGAGAGUUAAAUAAGAAGUGUGAAGCCAGCAGCUGGUUAGCAAAGCUUUCCAUGAACACGGGAGGUAAAAGCCAGGCUGGCUCUAUGCAAAGAUGCCAGUCUCAGUCUGUUAGCUUAUCUAAGCUUCAUCAUUUAACUCCUGCACAAGAAAGCAAGUGAGCGUAUUUCCCAAAAACAUUGAAUAGCUUUAACACGUAGUUUGUUGUACCUCUCCUAUUUGUUGGAUGUUAUUUAGGUCAAAAGUUUGCCCACACUGUCAUAUUCACCUUUGGAUGCCUUGAGUGACCUUCCCUGAUAGCUCCCUGAGUACUGGAGCAGGUGUUUACACACAGCUCUCUCUCCGUCGUAUCCAGUGUGUCUGUGUUUUUAUAUUUAAAAAUAUUUAUAUCGCGUCCAUGAGAUAUGCUGUGCAUAGAUUGUAAAUGUUUUUUACGUAUCGUUUUAAUAAAUCUUAUCAUUUUAUUGCAUAUUAA